AUGGCUGCGCUUGCCAUAGAGACGUUUAAACACGGCUGGCCAAUGGGCUCCUGGUGUUUUACUGGUUCCAUAAGAUCCUUUGAUGCUCUUUUCUACGGUCAGUCUUCCUUUAAUGAUGACAUUUCAUCCUGGGAUGUGUCGCGAGCCACAAGCAUGGGGAGCAUGUUUCACGGUGCAACAUCCUUCAAUCAAGAUUUGUCAUCCUGGAAUGUUUCGAGGGUCAGAAACAUGUACGGAAUGUUUGCUAAUGCAUCAUCCUUCAAUCAAGACUUGUCAUCCUGGGAUGUUUCUGCAGUGAGAAACAUGAAUGGAAUGUUCACCAAUGCAUCAUCCUUCAGCCAAGACUUGUCUCCUUGGGAUGUCUCGAAAGUUAAAAGCUCAGAGAAAAUGUUUUCAGGGGCUACUCUAUUCGAGAAGUCUGUCGUGUGCAGCUCGACUGACGCUUGGAAAGAGAGUGUUGCGUGUACUGAAACUGCAAGUCCAACGAAUGCCCCGACAUUGGAAUCAUUAUCAAUUCCCACAAGUGAAAGCCCAAGUCCUACAAAUGUCCCUACAAAUGUCCCGACACCGAACGAGGCAAGCCCAACAGAUUCCAUGACGAUGGACUCAGGUGCAGUGCACAUACUAGACCCUUUGCUCUGCUUUUCGGUCCCAUUGUUCUUGUUGCUCCUCCUACAAAGUUUCCCAAGCUACUAA